AAGCAUUCUGGGAAAUGUAGGAGCCCACUGCGUGCGCAUGCGCGGCGGCUGUGAGCUUUGUCGUGGGUCAGUAUGGCGCUUAGCAAGACUUUUGGACAAAAACCGGUCAAAUUUCAGCUCGAGGAGGAUGGAGACUUUUAUAUGAUAGGUUCAGAAGUGGGAAACUACCUCCGUAUGUUCAGAGGCUCGCUCUAUAAACGGUACCCGUCACUAUGGAGAAAACUGGCAUCGGUAGAAGAGCGGAAGAAAAUUGUGGACUCAUCACACGAUCAUGGUUACACUCAGCUGGCCACCAGUGUGACGCUGCUGAAGGCGUCAGAGGUGGAGGAGAUCCUUGAGGGAAACGAUGAGAAGUACAAAGCUAUCUCCAUCAGCACUGAACCCCCCGCCUACCUCAGGGAACAGAAGGCGAAGAGGAACAGUCAGUGGGUUCCCACGCUGCCCAACAGUUCUCACCACCUGGACGCGGUGCCCUGCUCCACCAUCAUCAACCGCAGCCGAAUGGGCCGAGACAAGAAGAGGACCUUCCCUCUGUGCUUUGAUGACCACGAUCCAGCAGUAAUCCAUGAAAAUGCAACUCAAACUGAAGUUCUCGUUCCGAUCCGUCUGGACAUGGAGAUCGAGGGUCAGAAACUCAGAGAUGCUUUCACCUGGAACAUGAACGAGAAGCUUAUGACGCCUGAGAUGUUCUCAGAAAUCCUGUGUGACGACCUGGACCUGAACCCGCUGGCCUUCGUCCCUGCCAUCGCUUCUGCCAUACGACAGCAGAUCGAGUCGUACCCGACGGACAGCAUCCUGGAGGAGCAGACGGACCAGAGGGUGAUCAUCAAGUUGAACAUCCACGUGGGGAACAUUUCCCUGGUGGACCAGUUUGAGUGGGACAUGUCCGAGAGGGAGAACUCUCCAGAGAAGUUUGCCCUGAAGCUUUGCUCCGAGCUGGGCCUGGGCGGAGAGUUCGUCACCACCAUCGCCUACAGCAUCCGCGGUCAGCUGAGCUGGCACCAGAGGACGUACGCCUUCAGCGAGAACCCUCUGCCCACGGUGGAAAUAGCCAUUCGAAACACAGGUGAUGCUGACCAGUGGUGCCCCCUGCUGGAGACCCUGACAGACGCAGAGAUGGAGAAGAAGAUCAGAGACCAGGACAGAAACACAAGGCGAAUGAGGCGGCUGGCGAACACGGCACCAGCGUGGUAGACGACGCAGCAUCGGUGCCCCCUAAAGGAAAUCCCGAGGUAUUCUGCAGAUGGAAGUUCCUCCAUCCCGCGCUGGACGUCCUCUCCGCUCCGCCGGGAACUCAAUCAGCCAAGUUCCUGUUGUUUUUUUUUUAAAUCAUGAAUAUUCUGUUCGUCGAAGGCCCCGUUAGAAAACCCUCCUCCGUGUUUCCCUCCCGACCCUCAGCGUGGACAAGCUGCUCUCUUUGACCACUGACUCUUUAUCCAACCACAGAGGGAGAAAAAACACACACACCAAUCUCAGAUAAUAUAUUGUGUUGUAUUUGUUGUCUUUUUGUACAUUUUAAUAAUUCUUACAAAAUAAAAAAAAAUAUGAAAGAACUUGA